AACCUAAGCAGUCAAAUUAAAUUCCAUCAGUGUCUUCUCAACAUCGACUACUGUAUCUCAUAUCAUGUAGAUUAUAUUAUAUCAAAACAUUAAAGUAUGAAAACUACUACUUUUUUAUUAGCAAAAAGCAAACCGCAAUUCGAAUCCCAAUCUACCCCCCUCCUAUUCCCUUAAAACCCUCCCAUCUUUUCUCAAUUUCCAGGAGGGAAAGCGAGAAAUUUUUGUGGGAUUUGUGGAAAUGGAGCCGUACCGUACAGGGUUUCUUUCACAACUCCAUAAAGUUUCAUAAUUUCAUCAAACCCAUCAGAAAUUAUCAAUCUUUUUUUGUGAAUUUUUUGUGGGUUUGUUUUGGGAGUUGAUAAAGAUUGAUGAUUUCUUCAAACCCAAUUGAAAUUAUCAAUCUUUUUGUUGAAAUUUUUGUGAAAUAUUUGUGGGUUUGUUUUGGAAGUUGUUAAAGAUUGAUGAUUUCUACAAACCCAGAUGAAAUUAUCAAUCUUUUUGUUGAAAAUUUUGUGAAAUAUUUGUGGGUUUGUGUUGGAAGUUGAUAAAGAUUGGUGAUUUCUACAAACCCAACUGAAAAUAUAAAUUUUUUUGUUGAAGUUGUGGGUUUGUUUUGGAAGUUGAUAAAGAUUGAUGAUUUCUUCAAACCCAACAGAAAUUAAAUAUCUUUUUGUUGAAAUAUUUGUGGGUUUGUUUGGGUUUUGAGAAUGCUAUGCAGAUUCAGUUGAAGAUCAGUUGGUGCAGAUAGGAAGUGUGUGAUUUUUGUGGGUUUUAUGUAAGAUUUUUGUAUUUGGGGAAGAAAAAGAAGAUGUUGUGCAGGAUGAUACCUAGGAAGAAGAAGACAGGGACUGUGCCUGUGUAUUUGAAUGUGUAUGAUCUCACUCCCAUCAAUGGUUAUGCUUAUUGGGUUGGUCUUGGUGUUUAUCACUCUGGUGUUCAAGUUCACGGUGUAGAAUACGCAUUCGGUGCACACGAACAUCCGACAACAGGGAUAUUCGAAGUGGAACCAAGGAAAUGCCCGGGAUUCACAUUCCGUAAAUCAAUAUUGAUCGGACGAACAGAUUAUGGCCCACGAGAGGUUCGUUCGUUCAUCGAAAAAUUAGCAACAGAGUUCACCGGAAACAGUUAUAAUCUCAUUACAAGAAACUGUAAUCACUUCUGCAAUGACAUGUGUCUACGGUUAACCAAAAGGGCGAUUCCUAGUUGGGUCAACAGACUAGCUCGACUUGGUUUUCUUUGCAACUGCGUCCUACCUGCAAGUUUAAACGACGCGAAAGUUAGACAAGUUAGAGCAGAAGACGAUUCCAACGCUGAUAAAAAGCUUAGAGCCCGUUCAAGCCGGUUUGCAUCAGCGUCUAAACCUCAACCACAGGCAUCCUCUCGUUCGUCAAGUCCGUCGACAACAAAAAACCCAUCUUCAGGAACGAAUAUAAAACCGUUAACAAUCAAUAAGGAUAACAAAAGCUAGUUGGUUUGUAGUGUUCUUGAGGGGAAGAACAAUAAUGCAUAUCAUUAUGAUCACAAAUUUGUUGAAGUUGAAGGAUUUGUUAGAGAUUUUGUGUGUUGUUUUACAAAAGUGGACAGGUUUAUUUUUGUUUUGAAGUUGGUGGAAUGUAUAUGAAGCCCAUAAGUAAUGAAUGUGAAUCUAGUCAGAGUUCAAAAUGGAAGUUAAGUUGCUUUCUAGCACAUUGUUA